CAUAGACCGUAAAUUAAAGAAUAUUUAUAAGCACACACAUAGGGCAACGACGCACAGGCAUAAUGUUUAGAAAAAGUGGUAGGUAUGUUUACAUUACUCUCUCAUGAGACUCGUAUCAACUCUCUGGAGAGAUGUGCGUGUAGUAGCCGCGCUCACGAAUACGGACUAUGAACAGUGUUAAUAAUUAAACGGAAAACGGUGUUUGUCAUAACAAUAGCGACAGAUUGAUGUGAUUUUAUACGUGCUGGACAUUACACUAAAUUGAUAUCGAAUCGUAUCAAUUUGCCGUUAUCGUUAUCAAAGUGCACAUUUGUAAAUAAAUUUAAGAUAUACCGAUAAACACACACAUUAUUACUGUACACGGUAUACCGAGAAUAACACGGAAACAAGAAUUUAAUUUCAUACAUUUUUGUCUUACCAAAGACGGUGAUUAUUUAUUUUCGUUUAGAGCGUAUGAAAUGAGUGUACAAAAAAAAGAUUUAUAUAAAAUUGUAAUCACGAUAACGCGUAUAUUAGUGCAACGUUCAUUGCAUCUCUAUCGAGUCUGCAACGUUACAUGGCGUUCUCGUUUACGAAAUCUCUCACGGAAAGGGCUAUUGAAGAAACUACGAUUUUUAAUUAAUCAUUUGGACUUACGUAUGAUCGUAAAGUGCUUCAAUCGAGGACUGUUUGCCGAUGAUCCGGAUAUUAUCUGCGUCGGAUACAACGAGAUCGUGCGACGUGGUUUACACAACACUGUGUAUGUUGAAGCUAUAGUCAACAGAUACAAGGAGUUGUACAAAUGCAACGCACCCAUGAUUCCCGCUAAUGGUAAUACAUUGUUGGAAAAUUCUCAGAGUGGUCAUACAACCUUGAUGGGGCAUGGAAAUUCACCAAAAUCUAUUCUCAAAAGAACAUCAGAAGUAGAUCUAGAAGAUGUUACUAGUGCCAAAAAACGUCAUAAAAAUCCACAACCGAAAAAUGCAGUAUGUGCAUUAAACGAGCUAAAAACUGGAGCUACGUACAAAGUAGUGGGGCAGACUGGACCCACACAUGCUCCAAUAUUUACAAUUGCGGUACAGAUCGAUGGACAGACGUAUGAAGGGAAAGGACGUACCAAGAAAAUGGCAAAACAUGCAGCUGCUGAACUCGCUUUGCGGAAUAUUAUUCAGUUUAGAAAUACACCCGAGGUUCAUCAAGCAAUUAAUACUUGCCAGCCUGUCGUGCCUCUCGAGCCGGACUUUACGAGCGACGUGACAGAACGUGAUAAUCAUCUUGUCAAUGCAUUUAAAACAUUAACACAGGAGCCAAAGAAUACGAAUAAGUUUUUAGAUAAAGGUCCAGUGGCAUUGAUCAACGAAUUAUAUCCAGGAGUGAUAUAUAACUGCAUAUCUGAUAAUGGAGAGAGUUAUGCAAAAUUUACGAUAUCGGUAACUAUUGACGGAGAAACAUUUGAGGGAACAGGCCCGAGUAAAAAAUUGGCGAAAGCGGCGGCUAGUAAAGCUGCUUUAGCGAAAUUGCGAAACGUCCACAGUUCUUCGUUUUGUAUACCGUUACCUGUUCGUAUUUUGCCGAAUUUUUCAAAUUCCGCGCAUUGGCAAGAACAAAUGACUUUACCGCAAAUGUUGGCCGAUAAAAUUGGCAAGAUGGUAAAUCAGAAAUUUAGUGAACUUAUUCAGAGCAAACCGCAACAUGCACGGCGUAAAGUUUUAGCCGGUAUUGUGCAAACCAAAGGAUCAGAUGCGGAACUGAUAUGUGUCACUACUGGUACGAAAUGCGUUUCGGGAGAGCAUUUGAGCGUUAGUGGUGGUGCUGUGAAUGAUUGUCAUGCGGAAGUUGUAGCACGGCGAUGCCUCUGUGAAUACCUGUACAAACAAUUAGAGUUGCAUACCGAGGAUAAAAAUAUAGAAUCUAUUCUUGAGCCAGUUAAAAAGGGAUUUAAAUUAAAACAAGGCAUCCAAUUUCAUUUAUAUAUAAAUACCGCACCUUGCGGUGACGCGAGAAUUUUCUCGCCUCAUGAAGAAAAUGAAUCCAUAGAUAAACAUCCUAAUAGACGAGCUAGAGGUCAAUUACGUACCAAAAUAGAAUCUGGCGAAGGAACUAUUCCUGUAAAGAGUAAUGAGGGUAUUCAAACUUGGGAUGGCGUAUUAAUGGGUCAAAGACUGCUGACGAUGUCGUGUUCGGACAAAAUAGCUCGGUGGAACGUACUUGGUGUGCAGGGUGCACUUCUAAGCCACUUCAUCGAGCCAAUUUACUUCCACAGCAUUGUUCUCGGCAGUCUUUUGAACCCGAGUCACAUGUAUAGAGCAGUCUGCGGUCGUAUCGAAAAUACAAUUCAAGGUUUACCACCGCCAUAUAGACUCAAUAAACCAUUAAUGAGUUUAAUCACAUCUUCCGAAGUUAGGCAACCUGGGAAAGCACCUAAUUACAGCGUUAAUUGGACGAUCGGACAGAGCGAAGCCGAAGUCAUAAAUUGCACAACCGGUAAAGAUGAAUUGGGAAAACCAUCUAGAAUAUCUAAGCAAGCAUUCUUUAGAAGAUUCUUUAAUCUCUUAAGUAAACUUCCAACUAUAGAUGAUGUUGAUGAGAAUCGUUGUCGCCAUUAUCUCGAUGCAAAAUCUUCAGUACAAGACUAUUCGCUUGCCAAACGUCAGUUGAAGGAUGCUUUCGUGAGAGCGCAGCUGGGAAGUUGGGUGAAAAAACCGAUUGAGCAAGACAUGUUUGAAGUCGAUAUCUGACUAAAUCGUAAUAGUAAUAACAUCAAAAGAAAUGAUAUAAAAAAUCAAGUUACGGAAUAUGUAGUUCCUAGUGCAAAAUAGAUAGCUCGUUCGGCGUGUCAUAAUAUGGCAGAAUUUGGUAUCAGUAAAGCAUAAAUCGUAGGAUUUCGCGCAUGUAUUUUUAAUCUUGCGCUUUUUGAUCUCAAUAUAUUUAUCGUGUUCAGAGUAUAUUACGAAAAAUAUUUAUAAUUAUUAACAGUUUUGUUCUCUAAAAUGUAAUUGAUAGAAAAAUGCACCAGAAGCUUAUAUUAUUUUGACGUAUCAAUAGCAAUAGUCAGCGACAAAAAAUUGAUUCAUUCAUUACACAUAUCCGUAUAAUAUUUCUUAGAGUAUUAAUAUAGUUUAUAAUGUGUAUGUAUGUGUGUCCACGCGUGCAUGCGGCGUGUUUUUGCUUUUCAUCACUAAACUUUUCAAAGGUUUGAUGCGCUAUUUGCAACAAAUAAUUAAAAUAUUUAGUAAAAAAAAAAAUUAUAUUCAAAUAUAAUUCUUUUCUUACUUUCAGAAUAAUUUUAUUAUUUUCUAGAUAUCUUUCUACAGUUUAAUCUAUUAAGUUUAGUUUAUCUAUUAAAUUUAGUCAUCAAAUAGAUUUUUCCAUAAUAUAGGCGACCAAUUCUGAAAGAACAAUUUCGCGAAUAUAGUCCUGAAUUAAAAUAUAGUUUAAAAAGCAACAUAUUAGUGUCUUAGACAUGAAUGCAUUGUACCUACAUAUCCUCAGAUAACAUUCCAUGCCAGAGAUAAACAAAUUUUAUGAUUAGUUCCUUUGAACAAGAUUAUAUAUAAUUUAUCAAUUGAUAUAAUGCAUUUAUAAUAACAUGCACUUAUACGCGUGACACGAACAUGUGUAUCAUACGCAAUAAACAUAUCUUUGCGUAAGUGUAUACGAAAGCUAAUCCUUCUCAAUUAAAGUCUUGCAUAUUUCUGUUGUAAAAGUAUCUGAAGUUUAAAACUUUGUUGUCCAUACAUUAAAGAAUGCUAUCUGGGGUCUUUUCGUAAGGCAUUAAAUAUUAUAGCAACGAGUUAAGUUGCGACAUACCUUGCAUCCUCAACGGCUGUGAUUGGAUUCAGAUCUGAAAAAUGGAUCUUAAUUAUAAAAGAUACCAACUUCGUCGCAAAGUUUAGACGAGAGAGGCGGGACAGAAUUUCUCAUCACCAGUUUCAAUAAUAAUUUCAAUUUUUCAUAUAGCAAUGUGAGGGUUUUUUUGUUUAUUCAUUUUACUCUCACUUAGAAUUAAUAUUACAUUCAGAAAUACAUCUAAUUGUUAGCUUUCAAUAUAUGUGUUUCUUGUAACAAAAAAAAUAUUGCGUUUUAAAAAUAUCAUAUAUAAAAAAUCUUGACAGCGAAUUAAGAACGAAUUGCACGUGAGAUAUAAAUUAGAAAUAUACCAACUGUCUGCAACUGUCCGCAGCCGUUAAUGUAGUAGUUGGUUAUUACUUUCAAUGCAUAUAAGAAAAUAUACAAAAAUUAAGUAAAUAUGUGGAAACGGAUGGUAUAUAAAAAACAUGAUAAUAAUUACGCGACAUGUAUGAUUACAUAGUUUUUCAGAUUAUUAAGUAUUAAUAGUAUAUUAAUAGUAUAUUUAUAGAAUCCUAAGGUCAUUGCCUCACUGUGCCAGUAUUAUGAUUAAUGCAAUUCUGCCGUAAUGACACACUGCCCGGUGCUGGUCCAGUUUUGCAUAAAGAACUUGUUUGAUUUAGUUUAACACAGAGCAAGAACACCAAAUAUUUUUUCCCUUUAGAAUAUUAUUGUAUAUAGAUCAUUAUUAGAAAAUAUUAAGUAUGAGUUUCUUGGAUAGGUACGUCCUCUGUUCUUGUAUAAUAAAAUCCUAUAGAAAAAGAGACCUUAAUUACAAACAUGUUACAUAUACAAUUAAUUUUAUGAUAAAUAUUACACGCAAACUCUUUUUUGUGCUAUACAUUUUAUAUUUUCUUAAUUGAUAUAGUAAUUUAAUAAUAUUAAUUAUAGUCAAAAUGUCUCUUUGUUUAAAUUAUAUUAUACGACAUCACAUUCGAGUACAAAGUAGCUUAUUUUCUUCCUAUAUAAACAUAGAUAGGAUAUAUUCUAAUUGUUUUUCUCUUGUGCGCAUUCGGCAAACAGAUUGCAUAACUUAUAAUGAAUAAUCUAGCUCGCUAUGUUGAAGUUAACAUGUGAUAUCAAUAUUGUAUUUGUAUGCUAAUCGCAUCAACGAAUUUUAUUUUAUUUUUUUGUCUGUUUUGUAAUAAAUAUAUUUAAUCAAAAAAAAAGGACGACAGAUUUCAAUAGCGGCAGCAAAAAAGAAUAUAUGUAUACUCUGCACUAUAUCGUCCGAAUGUAGCGAGUUGGUAAUCGAAAGAGUUAUCGUACUAUCUAUACAAGGAAUAUUUUAAUAUUGCUUUAACGAUACUACACAUACAAAUCAUUUUUCAUACAAUUUCCAUAUACAAAAGUAUUAUCUGCACUAUAUAUAUAUAUAUAUAUAUAAAAUCAAUAAAAUGACAGUACAUGAUAUUGAAAUAUUCUUUCUCCAUAAAUAGUACGAUGCCUUUUCUUACCAUGUAUGAUACAUAUAAUAAUACUUGUUGCUCACUGUAAAUCGAACGGUAGAAUUUUACGUUUAUAAGAUUUAUAAUAGUCUCAUAUUCUAUUUAUUUAUUCAAAAUUUAUGUGUUUGUAUUCAGUAAAAUAUUAUAUUUAUUUUAGCUUAUUAUUUAGUUGAAAAUGUAUUUGCAGAUUAUUGGAAAAAUUAUUUUUUCAUUAUCUAUUCCUUAUGCUUUAUUCAAUGACAAGCGCAAAAAGAUUAUAAUUCGAUUUUACUUAACAGCUUACUCUCUUUUUUAUUUAUCACAUUUUCCGUAAUUUCUAAUUAUUAAUCGAAUAUACCGCUAAACAAUCGUAAAAUUCUUUAAUAAAAUAAAUUUUGUCAAUCUCUUGAAUAGGAUGUACAAAAAUAGUUACGAAAGUUUUCCAUACAGAAAAUGGAUUGGAGUUUGUUGAAGAUUAUACGCCUAUUUGAAAUUAGUGAUAAUAAUAAUCUUGCUUUUUCUGCACAUAAAGUAAAAAAAGUAGAGAAAUUGUUUAAUAUAUUUAUGUAUCUAAUAGCGCUUGCGUUUAAAAAGAAGAAGGAAUAAGAAAAAUAUAUGAAAAAUAUCAUAAUUAUAAAACCCUAUGAAAUAGAAAAAGAAAUGUUUUCUCUCUAAAUUAAUUUUAAUUUUUAUUUAUAAAUUAUUUGCACACAAAAAAUGCAUUUUGUAAAAUUAAACAUAUGUAAAGUUUAGGAACACAUUUCAUCAUAUAUAAACAUAAUCAUAGGGUAUAGUAUUCUGUAUUAUAAAAAUCGUAUGAUAUAAAAUUUCAAACAGGCAAUAAUUUAUUUGAACAGCAAUUCUUUUAUCAUAUAUAUACUCGAUUUUAAACACAUAUGUAUUAAACUCAGUAUUCUUAUUAUAUUUAUUGUGGUAUUAGUGUUAUCAGUAUUAAAAUAUUUAUAGAAUAUUCUCUUUUUAAUAACUUUAUUGCGAUUAUUUGGAAAGCAAAAUUUUAAGCUAGUAUAGAUUAUUGUAGAUAUCGAAAUAUUGUUCUACUGAAAAGUAUAUAAAUGAUAUUUUAUCGUUAAAAAUACCCAAUACAAAAAAAUCCAGUUUUAUUAGCGGUAAUCUCAUUUAAUAAUAAUAAUAAUAAUAAUAUAGAAGAAAACGAUAUAGGUUUCCUCUAUAUUUAUUGGUUUCCUUGAUCUCUUCUUCCAUCAUAUAAUACAAGUUUGCGAGUAUUUUAAGUACAGAUAAUGUACAUUAUUGCAUUUUAUUAUCGCAUUGUACGGUAUGAUAACGCGAUGUAAGGCAAUACGAUACAGUAUAAAAUAUAUCAUAGUGAUAAUAAAUAGCUUAUUAAAAAAAUCCAAAUUGUAUAAAAGAAAAUUCAAAGUAAAUUUAGCAAUAUUAAUCAUAGUAUUAGUCAAUUUUACUUCGAUUACAAUCUUUCAUCCGUUUUACGCUCAAAUAUGUAUUAUGAUCAAGAUCCCCUGAGCAUUAAAUCAAGAUCCCCUGAGUAUUAACCGUCGAGCGAAUUUGUAGUCAGCUAGAUUUUAAGCUUGAUUAGUGCCUCUAGAUAUAAGUACUCUAAAAAAUUAAAACAAUCUAGUUUAACUUGCAAAAUAAAUCUUUAUUUACCAGAUUAAA